UUUACCCAGCGAAGUCUAGUCCGACUUCAGCUGUGGCGUGAAGCUUAACUAGCUCUCGCCCGUCGCUACCUUAAUGUCCCACAGAUACCCCUCUUUGAAGGCACUCUUGCUUGCGAUGUGGGAGGAUUGGCAGAUGGCCGGGGGGAAGGAGGAGCGUCGGCGAUCUCUAUAGUCAGAAUGACAGGACGGGUCGGCGAACUGUAUCGCAGGGAGGGAUUGACUAGCAAGCAGCCGGUAUAAAGCCGCACUUACUUCCCACUCCCAACUCCUCCCCUUCGUCCGCCGUUUCUUUCUUGCAAAGAUUGUCGUAGCCGGAGCUUGCGAGCACACACCGCCCAACCAUGUCCAUCAUCGAGCGCUACAGUCCACUGAAUCUGGCCUACAAGAUCAUCGUGGUCACCAAUGCCUCCUCGCCCGUCGGGGUCAUUGUCAGCAACACUCUGCUCAAGGCCAACGCUCUCGUGCUCGGGGUCGACAACAAGCCGAAAGACGACACGCUCUCCGCAUCCACGUACAGUCAUUUCCAGUUCUGGAAGUGCAAGUUGACCGACGACAAUGCCGUAGACGAGAUUAUCGAAUAUGCGACAAAGGUGUUCAAGACGGAUCGGAUCAAUGGGAUGGUGAAUCUCAUCAACGCGGACGAUGAUGCCGACACGCUGGCCGCGCACGAGAAGCUGGCCGCGAGGUGUGCUAAGAUUAUGGAGGGAGGAAUCGACGGCGGUUCGGUAGUGACUACCGUCGUUCAGGCUGCCAACAUCGAUGCCCAGGCCUCGCAUGCAGUGGGUCAGCUGCUCAAGACGAACAAACAGGUAAGCUCGGAGGUGUCGAAGGAUAAAGUGCGAUGUAAUAUUGUCGCAGAAGGCGACAAAGCGGACGCGAAGCCAUACGAGCCGUACACUGAGGCACAGGAUCAUUUCAACUUCCUGCUGAAACCGCGCGACGAUCAAUACCGACCAAAAGUCCGGGAAAUCACAGACGACAUCCGAGCAAUGUUCGCCUUUUCCAACGUCAUCCUCUACCUGAUAAGCGGCAUGAGCGAAGGGAAGGACGGUAUCGUCUUGAAUCGCCAAGGACAGCUUGUGCAAAGUUGAUGAUUAUCGUUCUUGUUACGUCUGCCAUUUAUGUCAUUGGCAAAGGCGGUGAUGUAGCGGUGAUGUAGCUAGGGUUACGAUACCCUAAGAUCUUCCGCGCCAAGUCUCAAGCUUCACUUGUCGUCCAAGAUUGAACUUCUUCCAUCUCCUUCAUCUCGCUCCUUUCAACAC